ACAUAGCCAAUAGAAAUGGGCGUUGUGCUUCCGAGUUCCGCUCAUCAGCCGCGCCCACCGCGCAUGGAACUGACAACCGUGCGAACGUGUCGCCAGGCUCUGGCAAUCUGCCUGGCAUGGAGGUGGCACUCACCGCUUUUCCUUCGAGUCUGCUUUGACACGUUGCCGUCAACAACAGCCAUGUCGGAGGAGAGCGACUUUGAGAAAACGCUCGCCUCAAUUGGAGGCAAAGAGAGGAUCUAUUUGGUGAGCGAUGCGGCCGAAAGUAAGGACGCGAGCCAGAGCGACGCCGACGUGCUGCGGGAGUUCAUCGGCGAUUUGUUCGGCGACCGUCGGCCCUUUUCCAGUCUCGCUGCGGGCGGUCAGAGCCACGUCUGCGCGAAAGGAGACCACAAAGCUCUACCGGGGAAGUCGGACGAUUUGGAACCAGGAGCCCGUCCGAGCGGGGCUCAGCGAACAGUUUCCCGGCAGGUGAGCAGCUCCAGCCGCCGGAGGACCAUCGACUGCCCCGCCGUCGUGUUCCUUUUCAGGCAGACUUUCAUCAGCAGCGAAGUGUGCUUGAAGGAAGUCCUCAAGGACGUCCAGGCGCGGACCAAACGAGCCAGCGGCGCCCUACCGGCCUUGAUCGGAUUAGUGCGCAUCACCGCAGGGGAGAGCGACCCUGACAGCCGCUGGUACGAGCAGCGGCUGGAGACGCUCUUUCACAAGGUGUUCCCGCAACAUCCAGCGGACACGAUAUGGGUGGGCUCGUUCGUGCCAGGCACUCCGAGCAGCGUGCUCGACAUCAAGAGGAACGCCUGCAGGGUCAUAGCGUGCGCCCAAACAGCAGAUAUUACCAGAGACAACGGGAACCCACUUUGGUGGCCAUUCCAAUGUUUGUUCAGGCCUAAUCGAAGAGGAGCCAGAGAAGCAGCAAACAGUCCUCCAACCAGCAAGCAAAGAGGUGACUCUGGAACCGUAGAGGAGAGCAUCCCUUUGAAAAACAAUUCCAUGUCUGCUGGGCCUAAUGAGGAAUCAGUUGGAGCAGACGCCUGAUGCCAUGUGACCAAGAGCCCACUACUGUGGACAAUAAUGUCACGACUCCGAAGGGAAAAAGCUGGUGUCAAAAGCAUUCGGGUUGUCACAGAUGUCAAGUCCUGCUGCUUUGUGUUUCUCAAAGCUGAGCCAAAUGGAACACAAUUAUACAGACUUGCCUUAUCGCACACUAUUGAACAAGUACUGGUACAAUCCAAACUACUGUAACUCAUGCAUUCCUAUUUUGGGUUAAAAUUAUUUGGGCUAUUUUUCCUGAUGACCAUUAUCAAUAUUUGCCACCAAAAUACUGAAUCAACAAAUGGUACUAUAUCUUUGUUUGUUUGUUUUUUUGUAAAUAUCCUAUUGUGCCUUAGAUCAAUGCUUUUGACAACUGUAGUAGUAAAUAAUUUAGCUCUUUAUUUAUUAGGUUUAUGGAUUGUAUAUGAUGUGAAUAAAAUAAAAGUUCACAAAUUCGA